AUGGAAAUUGCAACAAGUGUGGAGUGUGAGGAAAGGCGCAGUCGCUCCGCUGCGUGUUUAAAGAUGCUGAAUGAUAUUAAAAUAGAAGACUGUGUGCGGACUGAUGCCAGCGCUCUGGAUGCGAUGAUCGACGCCGACUCCUCUCCACAGGCCGUGUGCGAGGGCUGCGCGCGGAUCAUCUCGGACCGCUUCCUGAUGCGGGUCAACGACGCGUCCUGGCACGAGGGCUGCCUGCAGUGCGCCGCGUGCCAGCAGCCUCUCACCGCCACCUGCUACUUCCGGGACAAAAAAGUCUACUGCAAGGCGGACUACCAACAGUUGUUUGCCACUAAGUGCAGCGGCUGCCUGGAAAAGAUCGCACCCACAGAGUUUGUGAUGCGAGCUCUGGACAGCGUUUACCACCUGAGCUGCUUCUGCUGCUGUGUUUGUGAGCGGCAGCUGUGCAAAGGAGACGAGUUUGUCCUGAAGGACGGACAGCUGCUCUGCAAGACGGACUACGAGAGGGAGAGAGACCUGCUGAGCACCGUGAGCCCAGACAGCUCAGACUCAGAUAAGAGUGACGAUGAGGAGCUGGAUGUGAAGUCGGAGAAGUGUCCUGUGGGUCAAGGAAAGGGCAGCGAGGACAGUAAAGACCCCCGACGGCCCAAACGACCUCGUACCAUCCUCACCACCCAGCAGAGGAGAGCGUUCAAGGCCUCAUUUGAAGUGUCCUCCAAACCCUGCAGGAAGGUGAGGGAGACGCUGGCAGCAGAGACGGGCCUGACUGUUCGUGUGGUCCAGGUCUGGUUCCAGAACCAGAGGGCAAAGAUGAAGAAGUUAGCCCGCAGACAACAGCAACAGCAGGAGCAACACAACAGCCAAAGGCUAGGCCAAGAAGUGCUAUCGGGCUGCAUGGAGGGUCUGCUCACUUCGUUCUCGGGGCCUGUCCCUCGAGGCCAGCAGCAGCUGAUGAGCAUGGACCACAACAGCUACAGCACAGACUCGUUCCAGCAGGGCCUCACCCCUCCACAGAUGCCUGGGGACCACAUGAACCCCUACGGCAGUGACUCCAUUUUCCAUGACAUUGACAGUGACACCUCUCUGACGAGUCUAAGUGACUGCUUCAUGGCUACCCCAGAUGUGGGCUCGUUGCAGGCCAGGGCAGGGAAUCCCAUCGACCGCCUGUACUCCAUGCAGAGCUCGUACUUCGCUUCCUGAGAUGGCUGCCACUCCCCCCAAGUCACAUGACCUCCCUGGAUACAGACACUGAGCUCACAUCUGUGCAAACAUGAGGUACACAGGCUGCAAAACUGCCCUGCAAGAUGUACAGUAAAUCUCUGGGCAGGGAUUUAGGACUGCAGCAGAGGACACACCAAAUACACCCAACUGACCUCCACCAGCCAAAGGACAGAGGAAGCACAAAACUACAGCCCCAUGUGCACCCCACUGUCCGUAAAGACAUUUAACGCAGUAGAUUGUCCACAGGGUUAUUGUUAAUGACAAAAUAAAUGUCAAUAAUUGUACAGAUAUUCCUGCAAAAAAUGUUAGUGUUAUGAAAAUUGGAAAACGUUCAUUAAAUUUGAGCCUUUGAACAUCCACCCUAUUGAUGGAACUGUAUUCAUAACCAAAAGAUCAUGGGACUAGGAUUAGGUUUAGGUUUAUAUUAGAGUAUGUGUGAGGCCAAAAUGCACAUUACACUUCAUUUGAAAGGGAAAAUCUUCUAAAACACAACCUAAACUAUAGCAUUUGUAACUUUGCCCAAAUGUGACCCUUACACUUAAAAGGGUGAUGGUGGAUAUUUAGAGGUUAUAAGGGUAAGAUUGUUCAAACUGUGUCAUUAGGUUUUCUAUAUUCUAUAUUUCUCUAUAGAUAAUACAACACUGAACAUGUUUUUUCAGUUCAAAGGUUGAAGCAAAUCCAUUUUUAAUCCACUUCAGUUCUGAAAGUGAAAAGUCAGAACACUGAUCGAUACCUGUUGAUGAAUGUACAUAGUGUAUUAUAUGUAGUUACUGUUCUUCAGACACAUCCAAGUUGCAUGUUAGGACAGAAGACUAUUUAUUUAUUUCUCUACAACAUGCUGAUAUACAGUAAAUAUGACUUUUUAUUUAAAAAAGAAAGCAUCAGCCCAUUGUGAAAUCAUAAACAAACACAUCCUAAUUCUUUCCUGGUUUGAAACUGCUAUUUAUCAUAUUUGUGUUGUUUAAAUGGGUCUUUAAAUUAGUGUUGCUAUUUAUUUUUC